AUGCAUUUAUCCUUUUUAAUAGGUUUGGAACCAAUGUUUGAAACUCCCAACUACCAAGUUGCCAGAUUUACCCUCACAGCAAGUACAAUCUUCCUGGGACAUUUGACGACUAACAUAACCGCAUUUCAUAUCAUAGUAACGGGUUAUACAGAAGCUCAAAUGCUUGCACUGAGCGAUGAGCUUAUUUAUUUGUGGGAAGAUAUUAAGAAAGAACAUCAAGGUUUACCAGACGACAAUCGAAAUAAACACGAUAUACUUAACAAGUCAGUGAAGAAACGACUGAAGGAGAUAAUAAAACGGCAUAUAAUAAACAUUGAUCUUCAUAACAAAGUGGAUAACAUAUUUCGUGGAGCAAUCGCAGUUGAAUUCAUGUUGUUAGUUUUGGCACUGAUUGCCGAAUUACUCGGUGGUCUAAAGAAUACCUAUAUGGAAGUGCCCUUUGCUCUAGUGCUGGUAGCAACGGACUGUUGGACGGGACAAAGGGUCGUAAAUGCGUGCGAUGUUUUUGAGAACUCAGUCUACGAUUCGAAAUGGGAGAACUUUGACAAAUCUAAUAUGAAAACAAUAUAUCUUAUGUACCUAAUAUCACAGAAAACUUUGAAAAUGUCGGCAGGUGGGGUUUUUAUGCUGGAUCUCGCUUGUUUUAUGUCAAUCAACAAAUUUAUUUACUCGACGUACACAACAUUAGAAUCGACAAUGCAAUAA